UAACAACUCAUAGCUACUUUUUUAUUUUAUUUUUUUAAAAAUAAAUUAAACAUAAAAAAUCAUUAAGAAAAUUUCAUACUUUCACAUUGUCUAAUUAUUAUUAUAUUAAGAAUAAUUACUCACUCAAUCAAUUAUGUCUAUAUAAAUAGCUAUACCCUUUGGAUUAUAAAGAUUUUUAAGUAGAAACAAGUUAUAAUUAAUCAUAAUAAUCUUAAUUAUUUGGCACUGAAAGAUGAGCACAGUACAGAUGAACAGCUUUGGUUUCUCUUUCAAUAAUAUAAUUCCUAAGCCAACAAUGAUAUCAUCUUCCAAAAUUAGCCCAUGGAUCAACGAUAGUAGUUUUUGUGGACAGAAAAAGCUUCAAACAACGCAUUUUUACAAAGGAAAAAGUCCUCUCAAACAUAAUAUAAUGAGAGCUGAGAAGAUGAUUGCCAUUACAGCAAGGGCACCUACUGGAGACGGUUUAACAUUUCCAACAUUUAAUGGCAAAAGUUUUUCAUUGACUAAUGAUUUUGAGGAGCUUCAAGUUUCAAAGUACAAAUCUGUGAUGUAUUAUAAGAAACUUUUACCAUAUUAUGGUCAAGGUCAAAGCUGUCCAAUUGUCAAUCAGAAGGUGACUAUAAUAUAUACAAUCUAUGACCAAAAUCGGUAUGUGAAAGGAUCAAAGGAUGAUGUUACGGCUGAAGUUGUUAUAGGCACCAAACAUGAUCUUGGUACAGGGCUUGAUUUUGCGAUUCGAACACUCAGAUUAUAUGAACGAGCAAUAUUUGUCAUCCCUAAGAAACUUUGGCCGCAGAAGAUGAGAGGUGGAAUGUUUAAUAGGGAUCCAGAUGAGUACAUAGUUUGCUAUGUUACAUUAAAAAAAAUUAAGUAGAUAUUAUUUUCAAAAUGGUGACAAAUUAAUAAAUAAAGUUGUACUUUUAUCCAAUUAAUAGUUCAACUGUCAUUUAUUUAAGGGUAAUUUUUCUUUUGUUUUUUGGGAGAUUUAUUUUUAGAGUGAUAAAGUACAAAGGUCUUAUCUCAAAAAAAAAAAAAAUAUUGAACCCCGCUAUAUUCAUUCCGCAGACUUGUUUACCAAUCCGCAUCCGCCACGUGGAUCAGGGUAGUCGGGAUACUCGGAAUGAACGGUUUUAUUGAAUAAUAUUUGUAUAAUAUUUUCUGUAAACUUACAAAUGUAUGACAAAGUUCUUGUUCAAUAAAAGAGUAUGUAAUUAGUUGCAUGCAA